GUUGUGUCCGAUUUUGUGAAAUAAACAUCUGGUAAAAACUUUCACAAUUUUGCUGUGCAUUAUCUAAUAUGCUACAAAGGAAAGCCCGACCAGGGUUCGUGAAAUUUAUCAAAUCGUCCGCCAAAACGUUGAUUGUUGUUGAAGCAAUUCUGUUCGCUGUCUCGUACGCGGGCUGGCACCGAUUGAACACGAAUCGAGAAUUUCGGUACUACGUGAAGGAAAACUAUCCCAGCAUUUUGGAAGCCUACUAUCAGCUUGGCGAAUCGCUUGGUGGAGACAAAUCGAUACGCGUGUACGACGAAAACAUUUGGCAGCAAGAGCAGCAGGCAGAAAAGUAG